AUAAAAGCUGAAUAAAUAUUUGCGAUCAGAAUCAUCAAACCGAAAUUGCUUUUCCACCAAACCAGUAUCGUCUAUUUUCAAUUAUAAUUUCCAAAAAAAAAAAUAAUCAUGAGUUCAGCCAUACCAAAAGGAUUCCAAAAUGAAGCAUUCAUUUUAUAUGAUAAAAUGCAAGCUCGUCUUUCACCACAUCCAAAUCCACAGGAACCUGGUCCAAAUGAGGUUUUAAUACGUGCAUUAUCGACCGGAAUUUGUGGUUCAGAUUUACAUUAUAUGCAUGAUAUGGCUUUGGGAAAUAUUAAAAUAACAUCACCAAUUGUUUUAGGUCAUGAAUCAUCUGGACAAAUUGUUGCUGUUGGAUCGAAUGUAACCAAAUUUAAACCAGGUGAUCGUGUUUGUUAUGAACCAUCAAUGACAUGUCGUCGUUGUGAAUAUUGUCUUCGACAAGAAUACAAUCUUUGUAUUGUAGCCACAACUACUUGUCCACCGUAUAAUGGUAGUCUUACCUAUUAUUAUAAUCAUCAUGAAGAUUUUGUCUACAAAAUUCCGGACAAUGUAUCCGCAGAAGAAGGUGCUAUGAUUGAACCAUUGACUAUUGCUGUUUAUGCUGCCAAACGUGGUGAUCUUACAGUCGGUGAUCGAAUGUUGAUUUUAGGUUCAGGUCCAAUUGGUUUAUUGAUGGUUAUGAUGGCAAAAGUUUAUGGAUGUACUCGUACAGUUAUCACUGAUAUACGUGAAGAUCGAUUAGCAAUGGCUAAAGAUUUAGGUGCCGAUGAAACUAUAUUGGUUGAUCGAUCAUGGAAUGAAGAUCAAACUUUGGAAGAGAUUCGUAAACGUUUUAAUGGUGAUUUACCAAACAAAUGUUAUGAAUGUUCGGGUAUUGCACAGAAUUUUCGUCUUGCAUUUCGUGCUACUAAAGCUAGUGGAACUUGUAUAUUAGUUGGUAUGGGACCAACUGAAAUUCUAUUACCAAUUGCUGAUGCAGCUAAUCGUGAAGUUCUUAUCAAAAGUGUUCAUAGAUCGAAAGGAUGUUUCCCGUUGGCUAUCGAAUUAGCUGCACAGAAAAAAGUAAAUCUACCGAAAUUAGUUACACAUAGGUUUACAUUGAAAGAAGCAGCUAAAGCAUUUGAAACUGGAUUCAAAGGUGAAGGAUGUAAAAUUAUUAUCAAAGUUGGAGAAGAUACAAUUUAAAACAACUGACUGAACUGACUGAACUAAAUUGAAUCAAAUAAAACUUUUGAAAAAAAAAGAAAUAGUUUAUUUAAACAAAUGUCAAAAUGAAAUAAAUUUUUUUUUGUUUGUUUGUUUGUCCAAA